AUGUCCGAAGAAAAAACCAAGGUUGCUGCUGUGGUGCCGCAAAAGGUGCACGAGACGAAGAUUAAAAGAAAGAAGAAGAAAAUCGGUAACGAGAUCGAUGAGAUUUUCCAGGGAAAGAAGAGAAAGAGUGCUGCUGCCGAUGAUCAGCAAGCAAAGGAUAGGGGCAAACAGCUAGAUAAGGUGAUAGGGGAGGGCGGUAGCUCAAAGACGAAGGAUAAGAAGAAGAGGAUGAAAGUGGAUCUGAAUGAAGAUUCUGGGACUCCAGGUCGUCGGCGGCGCACAGCGGAUGGCCUGGCCAUCUACUCCGCGGAUGAGCUCGGCUGGGGGAAGGCUGACGUGGGAGGUACCCCUCUUUGCCCCUUCGACUGUUCUUGCUGCUUCUGA